AUGAAUCAAGGAACAACUGCUGCAGUUCGAACACCAACAGGAUGUACAACACCGUUUGAAGUGGUAACUGGAGUAAGACAAGGGGCGGUGGCAGAACCCUUCCUGUUAAAUUUCGCCACCGACGAAAUGCGUCAUGACAUCAACAUGUCAUACUCCAAGCCGAUCACGUUCACACAAGAAACAAAAUACCUCAUCCGAAAGCCCAGAGCUGUUUCGGAUGUCGCAUUCGAGUCCGACCACACCCCAGUUCUUCUCAGCUUAAUCACUUGGUUCCAGAAAGGAAGUAGAGGAGUUUCAUAUCAACCGAAGCUUAACAUGGCACGUCUGAAAGAUGUGGAAUAUAGAAUGAAAUUUGGCCAACUAACGUCGAUUGAUAUUGAUAGUACAGCCGAAAUGGAGGAGCGUUAG